AAAAUGGUGAGUAUAAUUAUAAUGAUUGAAUUACGACACGCUAUAACUUAGGUAAUCGCUUGUUUAUGUUGGAGACAUUUAUUUUCUGUAAAGGUUGCUCCAUUUAUUAUUUCGACUGUCACUAUUUGGCAAUAUCUUUGCAGAGGUGUUAUUGGACUCGAAUUAACAUCAUCCGUUGAGAGCGUUGGGGGAUAUGCCACAGGUUGUCCACACACAACCUUAACCUUCACUUGCUCUGCCACACAAGUCUCUUCUCUCACAUGGCUUGCUCUACCUUACCUUAAUGAAGACGACACUGUCAUUAUUUUUGCUUCGGAAACUGCUCACAGCACAAUAGUUGGUGGUGUAUUCAAUGUUUCUCUAGUCUCUGUAGAAAACAUGAUGGGGCACAGUGCUGAUCUUACAUCUACGUUAAGCACCCAGGCAAAUGAUAUUGUGAACGGAACAAAUGUUUCUUGCCUGAUAUUCUCUGACAGCAGAUCAAUUACUAUUCUUAAAGAAGCUCCCCUUCCACCUGUAGUGACAAUAGUCAGCUAUGCCCUGACUUUCAGUGUCUUGUUUGUUGUCACAUGGGCUCAGCCGCAGCGUGUACCUGUUUCCCGUUUUAUUAUCUCCACUUCCAAUACACAGCCUGUACUUAUCGCAAACACGACUAACUACACAAUUGAGAGUGACUAUAAUACUAAACUAACCUACAACUUCAGUUCUUACAAUUGCUUUGGCACUAGUGAAAGUAUUACAAAAGAAUUCUUCAUGGGUAAAUUCAAUGUUAUAAUCCCUAACACUAUUAAAGUAUAUACCUCCAGCUGGCUGUGGUCCUCCCAGUCCACCAGUGAAUGGCAGUGUUGGUGAGUGGACCAGUUCCAGAGUAGGAGCACAGGUCACCUACUCCUGUGACACCCACCUGGUUAUGGUGGGAGAGACUGUGACCACAUGCUCUCUCCCUUCUCUAACAUGGCUGCCUAGUAGCGAUGAUGUCACCUGUGUACAGCCUACGUCAGAAUGUGAGGAUCCAAGCAAACUUCUACAAGGAAAUGUUUCCUUCACUAGUCUCAAGAGUUCAAUGAUAGCCAUCUUGUGAUGAUGGAUAUAGUCUUAAUGGUAGUGCAACGUCAGAGUGUAUACUUGGACAGUGGACCCCAAGUCUUAAACUAGCAACGUGUCUCAUCACUGACAAUACAUUGUCAAGGUGCAGUUAUCCAAGCGUGGGAUUAUUGCAGCACAACGUUAAUGUUUGGGGAAACAAUUGUUACCUAAUCUUCUCUUGUACCUCUGGAUAUGCACUCUAUGGCACUACCACAUCUCAUUGUGUUUCAGGAGAAUGGAUCCCUAGUCCUGACUCUGUCACCUGCAGGAAUUCCACUCUCUUGGAUUCUUCUUCUGUUAGUGGCGGCUCUCUUAGUACAGCAGAAGCCGUGGUCACAACAGGAGUAGUGUGUGGUGUGUGUAGCUUCACUGCUGGACUGCUACUUGGUGUUCUACUGACUCAAUGUCAUGGUCACUGUCAUAGGAAGGGGAAGAGAGGCCAGACUGAGAUACCUCCUGUUUAUGAGGACAUUCCCUUGGAGAAGACACCUCCCAUUGAACUCAACACCAACGAAGCUUAUGGAUACAUCACAAAAUAAAUGCAAUAUCAUUAUCACCUUUUACAUACUGAAUUGUAGACUUCACCUUUUACAUACUAAAUUGUAU